AUGAAAAACGCAACGACGUCUCAAGUCUACUUCUCUAUCGUGGGGACGAUGCCGUUCCUCGACCACUGGCUUGACAAGAACCCGAUCAUGCAUAUCGGGCCGCCUGGGUUCAAAACUAUCAUUGGAGUUCUCGUGAAGCGCCUCGUCGACAGGUGCCAAGGAAACGAUAAAGAUUUCCAUGACCCAGAGAAGCCUGAUUUCCUAGACCAUUUCAUCGAGGCUAAGAAUGCAGAUCCCGAGAAUGUCGAUGACGCGCAGAUCAUAUCGUGGUUGAUGAUCAAUAUGCUUGCUGGUGCUGAUACGACGGCCUUGACCCUCAAGACGGCCUUUUACUACUGCCUUCGGAACAAGCGCAUCCUGCAGCAACUGCGAAAGGAGAUCCUGGCUGCGAAUCCGCAAGAAGUCACGCCGGUUCCCUAUGAGAUCGCACAUUCCUCGCCGUACCUCGAAGCAGUGGUGCGUGAGGCACUGCGUAUCCUGCCUGGGAUCUCAAUGUCGUUGGAGCGAUAUGUACCCCAAGAAGGAUACCGGCUUUCCAAUGGCAGCUUCCUCCCAGGUGGCAGCACCGUGGGUUUGAACCCAUACCUGAUCUCCAGGAAUAAGGAGAUAUACGGGGGUGACGUGGAAGACUUCAGGCCGGAGAGAUGGCUGCGGGACGAGGCUGCUGGUGAGACACAAGAGCAAUUUGAGGCCCGUCUCGCAGCUAUGAACAGCGUCGACCUUACCUUUGGAGGGGGCAGACGUAUUUGUAUUGGCAAAAACUUGGGGAUUUCCCAAGUGUACAAGGUUUUUGCCACGUUGGUCACGUCGUAUGAAAUGGAAUUGGUCGACCCAAACAGAGACUGGAAGGUUGUCAAUAGCUGGUUCCCUAGACAGGAGGGUGGAUUAGAUAUCAAGAUCACGAGGCGCAGAGGGCAUGAGCUUUGA